GGCUUCCUCACUCGCAGUGGCGGCAGGGGGGAGCUGAGCAGAGCUCGAGCCUCGCGCGGGGGGAUGGGGGAGCAGGGUAUCCCCCCGCCAAGGGACGCGGCGGGGCAGUGAGGAGCGAGGGACGGCCGGGGGGGGGUUCCCGCGGGGCCCUCACCGCCCGCUGAACCUCCGCCUUGCCGCAGGGCGCGGGCGGUGUGUGCGGGCCCGCAGCGGCGGCCCGUCCGUGCGGCAGGGCAGGGCGCGGCGCGGCUCGGCUCGGCUCGGCUCGGCUCGGCUCGGCUCGACCGCCUCCUUGGGCUGGGACAGCUGGAGAGCUGCCGCCGUCAGUGUGGCAGCUAAAACAGCUUUAAAGAAUGAGGCGAUAACCCUAAAACAUCGAACCAAGGUGGUAUUGAGGUUAUUUUCAGCAGACGUUUCAAUCUAUAAUUGAAAACAUAUGCUUAUGGUUUUAAUCACCGGACAAGUGUUCAGUGCAGCUUUGAAGUUUCAUCAUCCUUGUCAAGAUCUGGAAGUGCAGCUCAAGAUACGGCAGUGCCCAUAAAUCACUAGUGGGUUGCAUUGCUGAUUGUCUAAAAGCAUUUUGAACAGAGAAGUCAUAUUACAGAUUAUAGCUUGGCUGAAGAGAUGUUUUUGACAGGAGGCUUGAAAUCUCUCCUUCCCCAUGUACUAAGAAGAAUAAUUCGAUGCAACAGACUGAGUAUUAGUAAUACUUCUGGAAUGGCAGAAGGCUAUAAACAGGCCAAUGUUGUGAUUUUGCACAAGUCCCUGGCUGAUGACUUUGAGAAGUUUUGCCAUGCAAAUAAUGGACCCCUGCCGCUGCUGUACAGAAGUAAACCAGGUGAUUGGAAAUGUCCUCCUCUGAGUAGUGAUUCUGAUAUCAGAACUGACUGCCUACAGUACAAAAUAUAUGAGCAUGGAGCUUGUACUGGAUCACUGAAAAGCCUAAAGGAGUAUUCUAAACAACUUAAGGACAUGGUGACUUUUUACUUAGGCUGCAGCUUCUCUUUCGAAAGAGCAGUCCAAAAUGCUGGCAUUCCCAUAAGAAACGUUGAGCAAAAAUGUAAUAUAAGCAUGUAUAAGCAGUAUUACUCAAUAUUCCUGCUAACACCUUGGAUUCUUUUAAACUGCCAGACAGGUGUGCCUUGCUACAGUGUUUCUACUUUUUGCUGCAACUUAGUAGUCACAAUGAGACCUAUUCCUGAAAGCAAGUUGGAAGCAGCUGUGCUAGCAACAUCUGAAUUAAAAGAAGCCCAUGGAGCACCAAUUCACAUGGGUGACCCUGGUCUGCUGGGAAUACCAGAUCUUUCCAAACCAGACUAUGGAGACCCAGUUCACCUUCACCCUGGUGAUAUUCCUGUGUUUUGGGCCUGUGGAGUAACAGGAGUAGAAGCAGUCAUCAACUGCAGAGCUCCAUUAGCUUUUACUCAUUCUCCUGGCUGCAUGUUCAUUACUGACCUAAAGAAUGACAAUGUCACAGUCAGAGCCUCAAGAGAAGUCCCACAAGUCCACUGCAUUUCUCAAGAUCCUCUGCAUUAUAGUAUUGUGUCAGCAGAAGCAGCCCAAAAGAUAAAGACUCUAGAGACUCUAAUUGGAAUAGAUCCAGGAGACCGGGGUAUAAUUCAUCUACGCUGCCAAGAUGAGCUGCUGAAGGCUUGUCUGUCCAUCUCCCAUGCUCGGUCGGUGCUGAUAACAACUGGAUUUCCUACCCACUUCACUUACGAGCCACCGGAAGAGAAUGAUGGGCCCCCGGGAGCCCUCGCUGUUGCAGCUAUGUUGCAGGCCUUGGAGAAAGAGGUUGCCAUAGUAACAGAUCAGAGAGCCAUGAAUCUGAAUAAAAAGAUUAUUGAAGAGGCUGUUCAACUAGGAAUCCUGAAGAGACCUGUCCCUCUAUUGAGUUAUCAAAGGGAAAAUGCUAAUUCAGCUUUAAUGUUUUUGUGUGAGAAUGGGAAUCCUGGAAGACCUAGAUUUGAUCACCUGAUAGCAAUAGAGCGUGCUGGGAUGGCUGCUGAUGGCAAUUAUUACAAUGCCAGGAAAGUUAACAUUAAACAUCUAGUGGAUCCCAUAGAUGAACUAUUUUUAGCUGCACAAACCAUUCCAGGAAUCACAACAACAGGUGUUGGAGAUGGAGGAAAUGAAUUAGGAAUGGGCAAAGUAAAAGAUGCUGUAAAGAAGCACAUAAAAAAUGGAGAUGUUAUAGCUUGUGAUGUUGAAGCCGAUUUUACUAUUGUAGCUGGGGUCUCUAACUGGGGAGGCUAUGCCAUUGCUUGUGCUCUGUAUAUUCUCAGCACUUGUGAAAUACAUGAUCGCUAUCUGAGGAAAGCUGUUGGGUUUCCACAGUUAUCAAAGAAGAUGGUCUGGCUAUUGGCACUUCCAUCAGUUACCAAGGAAGAAAAGCUUCUGAAAACACUUGUGCGGCACAGGGUCCGCAGUGGAAAAACUGCCAGUCUAGAAAUGGAAGUGGACGGGCUGCCCUUCUACAACACCCAUUCGCUUAUGAUUGAAAAGCUGCUGCAAGAAGCGCAGCAGUGACUGUCCCAAAUGAUUUCUAUAUCAAGAGUUGCUCCCAUGUUACUUCCUUAUUCCCUAGGCUCUCACAAGAUAUAAAAGAUCAGAAAAAGAUGACUUUUCAUUGCUGGUGUCUUGGCCGCGCGCAACUUUUCAUUGUUAUUCUUACAACAUCUCUGUGAAGCGAGAAGGGGAUAUCAUCAUGAUUUGGUCUACCUUUCUUUUCUGUAAUGUUACAAUGGAUAAUGGAUAUGAAAUGAUAUUAUAUACUAAGAGGUGAUCUGGCUUUUACAAAGAAAGCUUGUCAUUAAAAUGAAAUAUUAUUGCA